GUUUACGGAAAGGUAGCGAGACUGGGUAACACAAGCUCACAGAUAAAUCUUGCAGAAAUGUAUCGUCUUGGAGUUGAAGGAGUCGUGAGCGAAGACCUCAAGGAAUCUUUUAAAUGGCUUAAAAAAGCGGCUGAUGAAGAUUUAUUCGAUAGUGAAGUUAGAACAGAUUUGUUCAGUAACAUGUUAAGACGAAUGCAAAACGCUAUUGGCGGUGAAAAACAAACGGCUCUGAAACUUUUGUACCUCAACUACGUCGCUGGUGAUUGUCCGGAAGGUGAACCACAACCAACUAAAGCUGUUUAUUAUUUGACCAGAGCGGCUGAACAGGGUGAUACCGAGGCACAGGUUAUCCUCGGAGAGAUCUACUUGACUGGAGGUUGCGAGCAGUUGAUAGAUUUGCCAAGAGCGAGAAGAUGGUUAAGUAAAGCAUCUGACAAGGGCGAUUUAAGGGCGAAAGAGGUGAAUUAUUUAACAGUUAAUGAAUGAGGCUGAGUAUCUUAUGAAGAAUUAUGGAGAUUGAGGAGGGUGUUAUCGGCCUCGAAGGAUAACACCGUCCGAGAUCUCCAUAAUUCUUCAUAUGAUUCGAAAGCCGAAUUUAAUAAAUGUUUUAUUAUUCAUUAUUUAUUCCUAGUUUAAAAACAUGGCUAAAACAUGCUUACCUCUAUCGAUCCAUCGAUGAUAAGUUCAUCUUGGAUAGUACACGUUUAGGGUUGUUCAGCUCCACAAAUAUUCUCCAAACAGCAGAUCAUUACGGAAUCGCGCCUGUAGAAACGUGUCGCUAGUAAAUGCAAAUUUUUCUGUCAAUCAAAUGUGUCCUAUUAUUUGUAGGUGGAAAUUGGUGAAACAUCAUUAUUGUUUUGGAGACAAAAGAAGAACAAAAGAUAACACAAAGAUCAAGUUAUGCGGUCUUAAUGAGUGUUGCGUGACUUAAAUCAGUUGCAGCAUUUCUCUUAACUUUCCCGCCUUAAAACGUUGGAAUGAAAAGUCUGAAGCCUAGCUUUUAAAAUCUGGACAGCCAAAAUAAAAAGGGUGCCCGAAAAGGCAAGCAUUUGUGAAUUCAAAAUCAAUAUUUUUGUCUCCAGCGAAAUGCGGCGGAUGAACAGUUAUUUGCAUAUAAGCGUAAGUGAAGCGAAAUAGAUACAAAUUGCCAUGGUUGUAAACACGACGUUUCCUCUAAGUUUUUUUCCUUUUGAAAGCGUAAAUUCGCAUGAAAGAGCUCAGCUUGCACAAAAUAAUAUAAAAUGAAACAAAUCAAAUCGAAAAGUGGUUAAAAAAAAGUCAGGAUAUAUCAGUUCGAUAGAAAGUAAGUGAUUGGGUAGGUGAUUUGCAUACUGAUAAAAACGACGUCUAGUGCACUUCAAAACCAUUCGGCUUCCUGAAUUGUUUUUCAGGAAUUCUAUAGAUUCUGCUGGCCCAAAUCGUUAAAAUAUCCUAUGAAGUCAAAAUAUUUACCAAGUUUAGCGUUUGCAUUUCCUUAUAAAACAGAGAGUAGCACGAAAGCUUGGAUCUAUAGAUUUUCUUACGUUAAAUUACCUUUGUAUCGUGGAAACAAUACGCUAACACUUGAGUCUUGAAUCAAAGGACGCGACAUGCGUCGGCUUCCUUUGUGAGCACGCAAAUAGUCAUGGGAACCGCGAUUUUGUGGGCGACACGGAUCUACAGGCGCUGUUCCGUAAUGGUCGCCCUUCGAGUUGUCCUCUUGCUGUUCUUGCCAUGUACUUAGCUAUUUUUUCGCCUAGUUCUUACUCUUGAAAUGAGUGAAAUGUCUGCCAUUUUUCAAGUUCACAACCAAAACAACUCAACCUGGUCCCCAGGUCUUCUCGGUUAAUGGUGCAUUAACCUGCAAGAAUGCUGCAUUUUUGACAUCAUUUCCUCGCUAAACACAAAAUUCUUCCAAAUAUGGUCAUCCAUAACUGGUUAUGGUGAAUUAAACAUGUGCUUUUAGCCAAUCAGAAUCAGGGAAAUAUUUUGAAUGAAUAAUACCGUAAAAUUCCGAAAAUAAGCCCCUCAAAAUAUAAGCCCCCCCUAUCUCAUAACGCAAAAAAACCCUCCAUUAAAUUGCCCCUCCAAAUAUAAGCCCCCCAGGUGGUUUGUACUCGGAAAUUGCCCUCAAAUACAAAGUAAAACAAGGCUAAAACGGUUAAAUUCCUUCCAUUUAUAAGGCAAGCCCAAUCGAUUUUGAAAUGCAAAUUUCCUUCUCUAGAUAAGCCCCUCCGAAUAUAAGCCCCUCCAAAAAUAAGCCCCUCAAAAAAAAUAUACGCCCCAGGGCUUAUUUUUGGAUUUUUACGGUAAUUGUUCUUAUUUCAUCAGUCCUUUGUUCACAAGACUUGCUAUCUUUUAUGAUACGAUACGAUACGAUAGGAUACUUUAUUUAACAUGGAUAUUAUGCUAAGCUAUCAGCUAGUUUACAGGUAAUCCAUGGCCCUAAUUAUAUUCCAAAACUUUAAAACUGAAAAUUGAAAAUUAUAUUAUAAAAAUUUAAAAUUCAAAACUAAAAAUAUACAAUAAUUCACCAUCUGAAAACUGUAAAACCUAAGAAUCGAUGAAAACAAUAAAGAAAGAGGCAGCAAUUACUAUAAAUCCUGAUUUCAGUCAAAACUUAAGGAAUCGAAUUUUGUUCUUCACUUCAUUGGUGCCUGCUUUAACUCUAAUGUCAUUUGCUAGCUCAUUCCAUUUCUUAGCGGCAAAAUAUCUCCAAGAUUUGAGACCGUGUUUAGUCGUGUUAACUUUAGGCAAUGAAAGGAUAUAAUCAUGUCAAAGAUUAUACUUGGAUGAGCCUAAGGUGGUAAGAUCUCUAAUUGUGGGUGGAGCUUUGUCCAAUAUGCUAUUGUUUAUUGUUAAUAGCAUGUCUUGGAUUCUUCGAGUUUCCAAUGAUGGGAGUCUUAUUCUUUCCAAGAGAUCUUGAUAAGAUGCACUUUUAUCAUUGAAGAUGUACCGCAAAGCCCUUUCGUUGACUUUCUCAAUUUUGGCAGUGUCUCUUUUUCCGCAGUGGUGCCAGACUUGGUUACAAUAGUUAAAAUACGGCAGUAUAAAUGCGUGAUAAAGCGAUUCCUUGAUUUUAAGUGGCAAAAUGUUCUUCAAUCUGUUCAGAGCACUUAUCUGAGCACUUACUUUGCCACAAAAACUUGAAAUACCUUAACCUCACAAGCAGUGGUUUCUCCAGGUGGUAGGGAGUCUAAGAAACCACUGCAACCAACCGAGCAUACUUCCCUAUGAGAGGCUAAUGGGGAUGUGAUGCUGGAUGGGGUCAUAUUUUCACCACUGGAUUGACUAUAUUGGGUUUGCACAAAUCCUUAUAAUUUGGCCAUUGUGAAUCUGGGCCCCCUUAAUGAUUAUACCUCCACCCCUGAACAGGAAGUUGGCAUUUUGAGUUUGGGGUGGGGGGUAUUAUUUUAUUUAUUUAUUUAUUUAUUUAUUUAUUCAUAUAAAUAUUAUAUAUUAUUAUAUACUUUUUACAUCACCACUUCCUACAUAAGAUUACAGCUAAUUUACAUUCAAUUUGAGAAAAAAAUUCAUACAGUGGAACCUCCAUUUAACAAACCUCUAUAUAACAAAGUCCUCAGUAAAACAAACUACUUUCUUCAGCCGAGUCAAAAAUUACAGGAAAAUGUUUGGAACAGAACCUCGCUUUAACAAAAAGCGAUUUUAUGAAAUCCACAGUGAGUGGAGAGGAGACUUUAGAAAGCCAAGGCUUGUACAUGGAGGUCCCCCAUGAUUUGGUCAUAAUGGAUUGAAAUUAUUUAGGACUAGGGGCAGCAAGAUAUAAUAGACUUAGUCAGUUUUUGUAACAAAGAAAGUCAUAAAGAUAUUUUUUAAAAUUAGAAAAAGUGGUGGAACUUGAAACAGAUAAUGGAAGGGAAUUCCAAAUUUUUUCAAGACCCAAGUAUAAAACAGUAUAUUUGUUUGACAAAAGUGUGGUCUGCAAUUUAUUACAAUUCUGGUGAUGUGUGUACCUGGGCACCAGUUAUAAUAUAGGUUCAGAAAAGAAGAAGGCAGCAAAUGAUGAUGAUAGCAGAACAUAAAUUUAGCAGCAUGUAACAUAGAAAUACCAAAAAUAUUUCUAAAAUCUUGAGUUUGGCAAAUAAUGAAGCAGUGUAAGAACCAUACACUGAGUUAGAUAAAACAUGGAUGGCACUUUUUUGUAAGAGAGAAAUUUUUAAAGGCAGUGUAAAAUGGAGGGGGGGGGGUACAUUUUUUUGUGAUAGCAAAAAGGGAAGGGGGUACAAGUUUUAUAGAUACUUCCUUUCCCCUGCAAACUGCCAAACCUUCCCAUGGCUGGAAUAACCAUGUAAAAUGGCAGUCCAGUAUGAGACGUAACAAUAGUGUCUUCAAUCAGUACUUUUGUACUGUUACAUUGACACUCAAAUAGAUCCAAAUAAAGUGCAUUUAUUUUAUAAAGCGCAUUUUAUUUGAUUUUUGUUUCAUCCCAACAGACAUCUUUGUUAUAAACACUCGAAUGCCACUCAAACAAACUACAAAAUGACCUCAAUCAAAUAUUUUUUUUAACCUGUGUCUUUAGGGUGGAGCUAUCGGAGCAGCUGUUUUUGAAACUCUGUUGAAUUGAGUAUCACAGAGAAGCCAAUUUUAACCACAGAGACAGCUGUGUUUGAUCAUGACCAAGAUUAGUUUUUUCCUGUCUCUGUCUUUGUAAUAUUCAGUGACAAGGUAUUCCAAUCAACCGGUGCAAGGAAAGGGCUUAGGCAGAUUUUACCACAGGACCCCAUUUAAACUGAUGGGGAAGGGGGGGAUGGAGUGACAGGGAAUGAGAAGAAAAAAAAAGGAGGAUCUAUUUUCUAAUACCAUAUUUCCUCAAACAAGCUCCUGGGUGGUUAUUUAAAAUUUUUGUUGAAAGGAGAAGCACUUAUUGGAAGGAGGGUACCGGUGCUUAACCAAGGGAGUUGUUUAUUAAGGUUUCAAUGAAUUAUAACUUUAUUCUGUCUAAAUCUUUUAUCAGAAAACGAAAACUACAACAUUAUCCACAUGAACCUAAAGUCAAUAUUUAUGUCUUUCAUUUGUAAAAUCAGUUGUUGAUAAUCAAGCGUACCAUACUCCCACAAUGCACUUUACACACAUGCAUUGGAAUGCAUGUUUAUGAAAAUACUUAUUGAUUAUCUAAUUAUCAUUAUCAAAUCAAUAUUGAUUCUCUCCUCAGUAAAUUGGAAUGAGAAACAGGUUUUCCUUGUAUCCCUACUAUUUAAGAAAUGAGGGGAGAGGGGAGGGGGUGCUUGUUCAAAAGGCUUGGUUGUUUGAUUAUAGGAAGGAGCUUAAGCAAAUGGAGACAUUUUGAGCGGUGCACGUCUACUGGAAGUGAGGCCUUUUCCCUUUUAACAUGCUUGACAAUAACCAAUUCUGUAUUGCGAAGUGUCUUUACUCUUCUAGAGAUGAUUUGACUCAAGGUUUGGGCAAAACCACUACCCAAAAAUGCAAAAAGACUACUUCUUGUAAUUUGUUGACAUGUGUCCCUUGAAAAGCUCUCUCCUAAAGCUCCCUUUUAGGGAUGGCCUUUGUGGUUGGUGCUUACUUGUGGGAGGGUGCCAGCUUUUUAGAGCAUGGGUGCUUAUAAAAGGAAUUAAAGAAAGACAAGGAGCCAUACUCAGGGACUCCCUCCUUGGUGGAUGGGUGUUUAUUUUUUAAGUUGUACACUGGAGGUGGGAUGGGGGGAGAGGGGGAAUUUAGUUGCAAGACAUGAUGCCAAACCUCCAGCCUCCACCCCCAAACAGUCCCUUAUUUUAUUUUAUUUUUUUUCAGUCAUACGUUACAUUGUCUUUUCACUCAAGUACUAUAUAUGCCGAUUUUUGGUUCAAAAUUAUACUCAUUGGUAUUUGUUCAUGUUUAUCAGCUUUCUAUCGUACACUUAUGUGGAUGUUGUGGUUCAAAUUUUAUCCCUGGUUUAUUUUUUCCCCUUUGUGUUAAACUCAUGAUCAUUCAUUACCAUACUCCAAAACAAAGGGAUAUAAUAUUUAAACCAAGGUUAAAACUGAACCACAACAUGCACACUUAGUCUUUGAAAAAAACAAAAAAUUUACAUAUGGAUUAAUUCUGCUGUUCUCCAUGCCAAGCAUCUUGAUAAUGAUAAAGCUAAUUACUACUAUCGUUGUUUUCCAGCUUCUUCAGCAGUGCACACAGAGUAAAGACACACCUUGUGCAUCAUUAGAUCUCAAAAAAGUUCAAGACCUCGUUAGGAAAUCGUAUAAUUCACUUUUUUUCUAAGUCUCUAACCUUCGUUUAAAAGUGGGCGAAGUGUAAGCUGUUGGCCAGCGUAAGAGUCUCCUUUACGAAUCGGCCAAAUGCCUUUCCUCCCCAACAGCACGACUCUAUCUUCAAGCUUUCAAGCUGGUGAAACAAGGCUUUGAAGUUCUCUACAAGAGUAACUUUAGCAAUGAAAGAGGAAUUUCCCUCAUAGCUCAUGGGUACUUGACUGAAAAUUCUAUUCUACAAGCCUUUCCAGUGACAGACGAUUUUUUCUCUCGGGUAUGUGAACUAUGCGAGAAGAGCUUACAAAAGAAUCCCCAGUUUUACGAAGGUCUCCUUUUGUCAUACGCUUUGCGUCAUUCUGGGCAACACGUUUCGGAGAACAGCGACGCAGUUGAUUUCAAGAAAGUCGUAUGCUUAAAGAACUUGAUUUAUUUCAUUGAAAAUGCUGAAUUAAACAGGCGUACUCCUAAAGAUCCUUUUAAGUUUGAUGAUAAAUACAGCAGCUGGCUUCAUGUUUUGUAUUUUCACUUAGGAUCGAUCUAUACUAUACUCGGACAAUGCCAUGACCUAGCAGCAGAAGCUCUUGAGAAUUCUCUUAAGUGCUGCCCGCAUUACUAUUACUCUAAAAGAGCUCUUGGGUAUUCGUUACUGAUGCAGUAUUUCUCUAGGCUGGCCGUUGAAAAGAAAAUAACUACUAAAAUUGCUCCUUGCAGCCAAGAUGAACCAUCAAAGCCUAGUCGUGAAGACAGAGCUUUUGAUAACAGGAAAAUUUUCAAGUAUGCAUCUUGGACGACUGAAUCAUUAAAAGAUGCUGCAGUGGACAUACUGAAGGAAUAUCUAGCUGAGGCGCCACCUUGCUGCAAGACAUACCCGAAUGCACUUUAUUAUCUUGCAUAUAUUGCCUUCAUAACACAAAACAAAGAGGACGUAAUGAAAUAUUAUGAACUAGCACAAGAUGCUGAAGAAAAUAGACUUCCUUUCUUCGAACCUGUCAACAUCCCUUUGAAAGAUAGCGCGUCUCUUUACUACCAGCUAUGUACCAAUCUCCCAACCACCAGGUGCGGCAAUAAGGCUUGCAAAAGGAAUGUAAAGAAAAAGGAAUUGAAGUUGUGCUCCCGGUGUAGAAAAAAAAGUUACUGCAGCAAGUGA